AUGAGAGAAAAAUAUAAAAUACUCUUUCUUUUUUUCAUCAAAUCUGCUUUAUCGCAAGAAGAGUGCUCUCAAUCAACGCUUGAAAAGUGCGAUUUUGAAGCUACUGCUGAUGCAUUUCAUUCCUACGAAUUAACAAAAUACAAACCAACAAAUCUGUUUGAUGUGGAUGAAAAAUCAAACCAAGCUCAAGAAAGAAUCGUUAUAAAAACUCAAACAUCAGAAAAUUCGCAAUGCCAUGUUUUCGAGUCUUCUGGAUCUCUGCUCUUGAAAAAUGAAAACACUUACUGCUCAACUUCGAAAAACGACGCUUCGCUGAAUGAUCUGAAAAUUGUCGCUUCAAUUUUCGAGCACGAAAAAUUUUUCAACGAAGAGAACGAAGCUGAAGAGAUAGACUAUUUGGUUGAAGAUUACAAUGGAAAAUGCGCCACUAAAUUUAGCAAAGACGGAAACGGCUUCAGCUGGAGAAAAAACCUGGCGCAUUGUUCAGGAAAAUCGAAAAAUGUGGCGACGAAAAUCAUCGCUCAAGCAGUCCCUCUUGUCAAUUCUACCCUAACCUGCAUCAACUAUGAUUCGAAAUUCAAGUGCCUCGAAAGUCAUAUAACGAAAUCAGCCGAAAUUCAUACGAAAAUAGAGCUUGAGCCAUUUUUUUCAUUUCCGUCAAAAUUUGACUUCGACCUUUCGAACUUUAAAAAAGACACUCUUGAACUCGCCAAGGUCAAACAAAGUUCCUCCGAGUUCGAUUUGCCGAUCGGCGAAGCCUUCGAAAAACUCUGCAGCUUGGGUCCAAAGCCAGGGGUAACUCACGAGCUGAGCAAAUAUUUUCGACGCGCGCGGGCAGAUCAGCUGGUCGACUUGUUUGACGAACUAAGCUACAAAUGCUCUUUCAAUGAGAAAGAAUGGAGGAAGCUUUUCAGGACGGUUAUCACGUGGUGCGAUUCUUUCGAUUGUCUUGAAGCCGCGGAAGAGACGAAGAUUCUUUCCGAUGAUGAAAUUUCGAAGAUGAUUUUGACGAGAACUGAAUUUUCAAAACCGCUUCUCGAAAAAAUCAUGAAUCUGGAAAACAACAACCCUUUGAAAUUCGCUGCUUUCAUCAAUUUUCUUCCCCAGAUGUCAUCGAAAAUGGCGCUAGAAAAGCAAAAAAUGAUCGAAUUCAUCAAUUUCUUUACUGAAAACAAAGAGGAAAACUGCGACUUGGCAACAAAAAGAAUUCUCUCGGAAAAAGGACUGAUCGACCAAAAUUCCAUCUUCAAAUGUUUUCAUCAAAAUGAAGAAUUGGAUAGAGUCCUCAUUUCUGGAGCGAACGAUGGUCAGUGCGAAGAUCUUUCUGGAUUUUAUGAGGACUUGAUUUUCUUCGGACAUGAUUCAACGGAGAUAAGAGCAAGGGCUUUUCUGAAAUGGAUGGUCUGUCCGACGAGUGAGAAGAUGGCGAAGUUGGAGAGGAAUUUUGAGUUCUUGAGCUCGGUUCAACUACAGGCAUUUAUCAAGAGCUACAUGCACUCAAUCCAAUUCUCUUCCGACCCUACCCGUUGGUACUUGAAGCCUUUUAUCUUCAACCUGGAUCUCCCGUUCGACCCCUCAUCCCUUCAAAGCUCUUUCAUCAAUCUUCAUGUCCCGACCGACUUCCACUCAGCAACAGUAGAAGGCUUCACAAUCUUCGCGGACGAUUCAGAAUCAAUGCUUCCUGAGCUUCUUUACUCAAAUGCUUCCUUGACAUUUUAUGGCGAAACAUUCGAUCUAGCUUCUUUGGAAAUAAGAAAAAUCAACGAGGAUAAUUCAAAAAUUGGCAUCGGCGCAGAAAUCGGAGUUUUUGGAAGAAAAAUGGUGAGCACUCAAUUCGACAGUGGCGAUUUGGAGCGAAUGAAGGAGCUUUUUGAGUGGAACUGGUGGACUGGUGAUUAUUCAAACCUCCUCCCGGAGCUAAAGACAGGCGAGAUAGAUCUCAACUUCAAUGAAAUUCUUCUCAUGACGGAUUUCUCCAUCCCUUCUAUUUACGGCGACUAUAUGGACUUUUCUGGAUGUCUUAUUGGCGCGAAUCAGUUUGAAUUCGAUUGGGCCUUUUCAUCCAUCAGGGGCGUCAAUCUUCUACUUUCUUCCGACAUAAAUUUGGAGUUCAAUGUCGAUGUAAGUUUGAACAGAGCGAGAUUCGAGGAAAGUUAUCAAAUCAGCGUCAUGGAGGAAACAAAAGUCAAGACCGAGCUGAAUUUCGCACUCGACAGCUUCGGCAACGUCGAAAUGUUCGGAAAAAUCAGCCCGCCGAAGUUUCAACUCGGCGUCUCUGAAAAACCAAAAGCAAUUCUAUCUGACAAUUGGACGAUAUCAGCGCCGGAGGUCUUCCCGGAUUUGGUUUUCAAGAUGAAGAAGCUCGAUGAUUCGUGGCACGUGACUGUUGAGGAUUUCAUUGAAGGGAGAAUUAAAUUUCUCUCAGAGCCAUUUUUUGUCGACUUGAAUCUUGAUGGCAAAUUCGGCGAUGAGUUUUUGCAUUUAUACACAUUAAUUUCGGCCGAGGAGAAGAAAGUUCAAUUCCAAUUAAAAACCGACUUGCCUUCGGAACUUUUAGACGUCUCUUUUGCAUCAGGAAAUCAAAUUUGGACGGUUUCAGGUGAGAAAGAAUAUCUCAACUUCGGUGGAGGCUGGGCAGCAUUUGCCAAAUAUGGAUCAACUUUCGACCUUGCAAAUACUAUCUUUAUCCGUCUUUCUCAAAAUGAUGAAAGCUCCAAAUUCGAGGCAAAAUUUUUGCUGCAAGAAAAUGUCUCAAAAGCGCUGCAAAUCGACGAAUCCUUUGGUUUCUUUCAUAAUUCGACGGGGACAUCCCUUUCGCUAAAAACAUCACUUCUUGAUCAACAAGCAGGGGUAAAAAUUGAUCACGAUUUUGAUGAAAAAAAUACUUACUCAAUCGGAAUCAGAGGAAAUUUCGGGGAUAAUUUGAUUUCCCAAAGCGCAGAAAUUAAUCUGAACGAUUCUAAAACUCUAUCAACGGAUGCUUCUUUCGCGAAAAAAGACCAUGAUAUUGUUAUUCUCGGGUAUGAGGCCAGAUUCUUCAUAUCUGUUCAGGAAAAAGACAGAAUUCUCGCAUUCGAAGUCGAAUUCAAUGAAGUUCAAGACAGUCAACCAACUGAAAAUGGAUUUUUCAUCGGCGGAAAAUCGCAAUUUCUCAUAAAUGGAGCGCAAGAAUCAAAAGAAUUCACCCUCAAGAACGAAAUCUCAACGAAAAAUAUCUUCGCGAAGCAAGCACAAGUCACAGAUAAAAUUCAACAAACAGUAGAUCUCAAUAUCGAUGCCUCAGUCAUUCAACGACCAGAACUUCUAGAGCUCAAAGUCAAAUCUACCGAUGAAGAGUACUUGCUUCUUUCCUAUCUUUUGAGAAAUUCGCCAGAUGACGGCGACGAUCAUUUUUCAACAAUUCUCCGAGCAAAUCUCUACAUCCCAUAUUUGAUAAAACUUGAAAAUGGCUACUUGUUCAUCGACACCUACAAGCUGCUUUCUGCCGAUCACAAAAUAAGAGUCAACGCAAAGAUAUCUUCUGUCCUUUUAACCUCCGACCCUGCUGAGUAUGAUUCCCUUCCCAGGUCGAAUUAUGCAGUUGCCUUCGAACAAGAUGACUUUAAAAAGAUCAAAGGGGAUUUUGAAGAUGGCGAGGAAAAGUACACAAUUGCGUAUUCCGUCGACUACAAAUUCGAUGAAGAAAGCAUUUUCUCCAACAUUUCUGCUUCCGCGAAAAUCGACCUGGGAGGAGUCAACAAUGAGUUCAUGCUUGAUAUUUUCAACAAUGAAAACGACGCGCGAAUCGACGGCGUCUACAUAGCCGACAAUAAUUCCAUCACUUUCCAGAGCGCUUUUGACAAGAAAGGAAUCGCCUCAACAGGCGUCCUGUCAAAAAUCAAGGAGCUGAAUUCUCCGAGCGCUAAAAUUCGAAAGAUCGGAGGUUGGCAGUGGAAAUUCAAGCCCGAGUCUAGCAUCGGAUCGCUUCAACUUUUUCAUCCGAUUGAGGACCCAGGAGAUUUGACGAGAAUUGGGGAUGUAGCUGCGUAUAGAAUGACCGUCAACUUCAGAAAGUAUCGACGAUUCGGAAAGGUUUUCAUCAGCGGCAAGUCCAAAUACCCCGGAAAGUACAAAAGAGCUGAUUUCGUUGGAAACCUCGACACUCUUGCCAAAUCGAUGAAUUUUACCUUGACAACGGAUGAAGAUGUGAAAACCAAAAUCGACUUCGCCAUCAACGAUGCCAUCGAACUGCACCUCGUCGACAAUGUCUUUUUGUCCAAAUACCUUCAAAUCGACCUUUACUUCAUCAGCCGAUUUUUCGAGAAGAAACGAUGGAGGCUAAGGAGUAGAAUUGGCCACGCCCUGGCCCCUGUUUUCGAUUGUUCAAGUACAGGGGACAUUACAGACACGACGAUUCUUUUCAAAUCCUCUUGCUCGGGAGAAUAUUAUGACAAAAUUGGAUUCGAGCUUCAAUCGAUCAACAGCGCAAAACAAAUUUCCUCGACCAUUUUUGGCUUCAAUCGCGAUCUUGUCCUUGAUGUCGAUAUUCUCGACGAAAUCAAGAAAAAUCUCCUGAUCAUUUAUCACGAAAACGAAACGGAAAUGAUCAAAUGGAGGAGUCAAGGAGCAUUGGACUUGAAAAAUCAACCAAGAGUCAUCAUCUCGACAAGCUGGAAAAACGAGAAAUUUCCAGAGCUCGCUGAAAAUGCCGAGUUUGAAUCGGGAUUCAGAGUAAAUGAGCUUCAAACGAGCAUUAAUAAAAUCGAUGUCAAAUCGAUCCUCGCGAGCUUGAAAAACUUCGACAUCGAGCAUUGGACGAUGGUCUCUUGGAAUCAAGAAAAAAUCCACUUCCGACCGAAACUCGCUGUUCAUCUAAAUGACGAUUCUCUUUCGGUCCAAGGACUUUAUCAUUUCGAAAACUCCCUCAAAAACAUCAAUCAAGACAAUGGAAUCGAAUUCAUCGGCUCAAGAUCCGGCGAUUCUGCAGUAGAUUUCGUGGAGAAACUCGCUCAAGUUCUCGCUUCCGAGAAUCUCUCAGACCUAAGAUCUCGUCGAUCACUCAUGUUUGGCGAAACAAAUGGACUAGCAAAAUUGAGCGUGAAAAUUGACAGCGUGAAUCAUUAUUUAGAAAUUAGCGGAAAUGGAAGAAUUCUGCGAUCAGGCCAGGUUGACAUGACAUCGUUGUUCUCAACAUCCUUGGGUUUCCUCGAAGAGUUUUUUGGCCCCUACAUAAAACUGAAUAUCAAGGGAUCGAGGCCUUCCAGGAUCCUGCAAAUCGCCCUCGACAACCGAACGAAACGACAAGAACUUGAACUCGCUCUUGAAACAUCAUCACGUGACUCAGGAAAAGAGAAGAAAAUCCGCCUCAGAAACGUCAAAUUCGCUCAAUCUUUCGAUAUUCUCAGCAGUUGGCCUAGAGAAAUUUCGAUGAAGGGUAUUUGCCAAUCAACCACGAGCUCGCAGGAGAAAUCGUUGGUUGAAUUAUUGCUGGAUGAUUUUUCUGUGCGAUGCGAUCGGCUUGAUCUAAAAAUAAGAAAAGACGCGAAAGAUAUUCUUGUCGGUCUUGAUGGCAGUCUUCAGCGAGUCAACAAGGAGUUCCAAGGAAGUGUCGAAAUAAGAACCAAGGAGUUGGAAGAAAUUCCGAGAAGAAUGAAAGUUUUGAUCACGGGAAAUGACAUCAGCGAAGAGAACUUCCAAAAAGCCGAUUUUUAUUGCGGCGUUGAUCCUUCAAAUUCGACUCAACUUGCUUCGAGAAAUCUCUCGACGGAAAUAAGUCGCCAUCUGUCUAAAAGAGUUGAGUGUUUUUUCGUGGCGAAAUUUGACCUUCAGUUUUUAAAAUCGGACAAGGAUUUCGGAGAGUACGACAAUCUCGGUAGCGGAGAAACAGUCAUGUCCGUUGCGAAUCUUGGCCAAGAAAAAUAUCUCUUUCAGGCGAAUUUUGACCCGGAUGAAGUUACGUCAGAACUUUUGACUAUCAGCAACUUCGUCGGAUCUUUCCUUGUCGGCGAGAAUCUGGAAAGUGUAGCAAGAAUACAGUAUCAGCCAAUGUCAGAUAAAAACGACUGGGUUGCAUACUUGGUCCGACACGAUUUUUACCCGCUAGAGUCAGAGCGCCCUCUGGAUUCUCACGAUUACAGAUCGAUUUUGAUCAAGAAACAAGACUCAAAUGGCUUGCUCGAAAGUUUCUUUAAGUAUUACACCGCUCAUAACAAAUUGAAGCGAUUCCACGAGAGUCUCGAGAAUCUUCAGGUUUUCUUUCCAUUUGUUAACGAGCCGAUUCGACUGGAACUUUCGAACAAUUUUGAGAAAACUGAGCUUUUGACAGAAAUAGAAGGAUACAAAGUCACUUUCUUGGGAUCUUAUGCUGAACUCAGAUUUGGGCUUCAGAAAAACAAUUUGGAAGAAAGUCAUAUAAUUUCUAUUAUAAUGGAUUUCAACGAUAAAAAUGACGACGAGACUUAUGCAUUAUUUGAUUACAGAAUUUUCGAUCGCGUCUAUUUUGGAGUCAAUUUAACUGACAUUAUUGGAGUCGGAGAACAAUCGGGUUAUUUCGAUGGAAGAGCCGAUGCUUUCGUGCUACAAUUUAUAACAAGUCAAAAGGAAGAUCAACCAAAAACAAUUCUAACGAUGUCAGUCGGUAAACAAGAAGAACAGAUGAUACAUGGUUUCUUUAACAUUCAUCAUAAAGACACAACUUGCCGUUUACAGACUAAUUAUUCAACUGAGGAAGAAAGUUUUGAACUUUCAUUCAACUUGAUCGAAUCCCUAAAACAUCAUUUGAACCUUGUGCUUGCGACCAACUGGGAAGGAGAUAAAAUGUAUGAUCUCUUCAUUCAUCCUUCUAUCUACUUGGCUGGCGAGGACUUCUUAUCUACAGCGAUUUUUGUCGAUCUCCACGAAGAAAUGAAAAAUAUACAUGGCAAUUUUUCGAUUUACCCUGAAUCCGAUCAAUCAUCUUUCGUUAAUUUCAACCUGGCAAAUAAUUUCGACUCUGAAUUCGACGCUGGCGAAGAGUUCCGUUUUAAAUCCAGUCUCCUCCCUCUCCCCGAUGUGACGGUUUCCGACCAGCUCGAGUUCGACCUCAAAGGCCUUGGAGGAGUCUACAAAGUUUCCACUGAAUGCGGCUUGAAUGACAACAACAAUGAGGUCGUCACAACGCUUCUUCGCUGCCCUCGAUUUUUCUCUAGAAUCGGGAGGGUCAAUUUCGAGACGGAAGAUGGCCCCGGCUCCGUUUCUUGGAACGCGGACAGAAAACUCGGGAAAAUAAUUGUGCCAACCGAAGAUUCUCAAAAAAUCUACGACCUGAACUUCGGGAACAAUUCGGUGUUCUAUCAGCAUGAUGGUGAAUUUCUCUCGGCAAGAUGGAACGACCAAGAAAUUUCGAUUCAAAACGAGCUUGAAGAUUCUUGGUCGCCAGUGGAUUUUGAUGAAUUGAAGAUUUCGUCGACAGAAGACGGGAUUCAAGUCAACCUUGAUUCGGAGAAAAUGGACGUGGAUGUUGUCAUCGACGGCGAUGGUGAAAACUACUCGAUCAGGGUCGAAAAAGACGGCGAAGUUUCAACAAUCGAAAAAAGCGAAGAAAAGCCAUUCAAAAUCAGCUACGGCGAAAACAUGAAUCUGGAAAUUGAAACUGACGCUUCUGGCAGCGAAUUUUCCUGGAAAUCGGAAACGAGCGAGGGGUCACUUUAUUUUGGUCUCGGCGGAGUUGAGCUGAAUUCUAGAGAUGAACAAGGAUCAACACUUUCAACUGGUCUUCGAUGCGAAAUUAACCCCUUGAAUCCGAAAUGCAAGGCUUGGUUGAAUGACAAAUUUGUCAAGAUAUAUUCUAAGCUCGACUAUGAAGUCGACUACAGCCAACGAAUAAAAAUUCUAGCAAGAAUUUAUUUCGAGCAAAAUAUCUUCGAAGAGAUUCCAGAGUAUUUGGCGGUCAAUUCAAUCGGUGCUGUUGGAAUCGGCGAUAAGCAAUAUUUUUCUUCAGGCUUCGGAUACACUACGGAGAAAAAAGAAAAAGCAUCGCUUUCUUCAUUUUUUACCACAUCAACGGAAGAAGACGACUACGUUGUCGAAGUAAUGGCGGCAAAUUUUACAGAAACUGGAUCAAUAGAAAUAAGGGUUUCAGAUUUUUAUGUCGAUGUGUUUUUCUUCUCCUUGACUCCAGAUGAUUACUCUUUCUCCACGAUGUUUAAUUUCAAUAAAAAAUAUUUCGACGAUCUAGAUCACUUUACAAUUGGAUUUAAUGGACAACUGAACAAAAAAAAUCCCCGUCACUCGGGUUCCUUCCAAUAUGGUGACUUACGUUUCGAUCUAAAUGUCGCACGAAAUGUCGACAAUAGCGAUAAUCGUGUUCCUUUUAAAUUAGCGUUCGAAGCGGCCGAUACAAUUACCCAAGUGGAUACAGUGGAAUAUUCAAGUUCUGAAGCUUCUUUAGUUUUCUCUACAGAUUUCAGAGGCAGCUUGAAUUUCGAGUUUGAUGAAUCAAUGAUAACAGCUGGCAACAUCACACUGUGCUCGCAGACUUUCGAUGCCAUAGGUGCAGAAAAUUGCAUUGACCAUCUUACGAUCGAUUUGCCUUCUCUUGUCUACGAGACAAAUUUGCAAAGCUUCAAAGAUAUUUUGACGUAUAAAAUGCAUUUUAACAAUAGCUUGGUGGAAUUUGAUGUUGGAAUUCCUUGCUUUGAAUCGGUUCUUGAUUCGAAAAUGGAGUUGGAAAAUGGUGGAAUUCAAGAUUUUGAAGAUGCGACAAACACGAAAAACAAUAUCGACGUCUUCGAAGGCCUCUGGAUCCGUUGUUUCAAAACCUUCCGCUCGGAAAACUACCAAUGCUCAACAAUCGACUCUCCUGUUCAAGAAAAACAACGAUUCUUUUACCUUAUCACUGUUUUACUGACAUUUCUUUACAACUAUCUCCACAAUGGUCUUACGAACAAGAUUCCCAUUUUUUGGCUUCUUGGCGGAUCAGGAAUUCUGUCAAUGUGCAUCUGUAUAUACGAGUGCGUCAAUAUUCUCAACGAGAAGGAAAUCAACUGGUUCGUUUCCAUGGGGUCGGGUUCGUCAGUCUGCAAGCCAAAAAAGAGCUAUGAAGUUGAAGAAAGUGGGGCGGAAAAGAAAAUAGAAGAGAAAGCGAAUGCCCCGCCGCCGACAGAGACGCUCAUUCAGGACAGAAUUAUAAGUGGAGUAGUUUUGGUGGAGAGUUAUGGCUGCGAGACGCAGUUUUUGCCGGAAAUCUGCAGGACAUGCAUCUCCAAAUUCUGGCAGCUUUCGUCUCUCCAUAAUGAAUACUUAUCAAACAACUAUCACAAAUCACGUGAUUCGGUCUCCAAACUCCAGCCGCAAGUCGACCUGGUCGGUGAAAUUUCAGCACUCGUGAGACAAUCAAAAAAUGACUUGGAAAAGAAUUUCAUCUCCGCGAUUGAAGGAUUUUCCGGGGCUUUUGGCUGGUUUCAGGGAAAUCCGGAUCCAAGAGCAGCGAAGAAUUUUGUGAUGGAGAGUAAGAAUUCUGGCUUGUACUUCUGGAACAGGAUCAGAAUCAAUGAGCUGGAGGAGAGUCAGAAGGGAGAGGUGAAGAAAAUUAAGGAAGAAAUCGACAAAAUUUUCAGACAACUCAUGGCAUAUGCGUCAUCUGAAAAUCUUCCUUCGCAGGCAGAACAAGGGGCAACCAAUUCGUCUCCUCCGAAAAAAGAGCCGGUGAAAAAACUCGAGGGCAAAAAAUGGAUCAUCGAAAAUGCUGAGGGGACCUGGGACUUGAAAGUCGAAAUGGAUCAGCGAGUGCACAUCAUCUCCUCUACCGGUGGUGGCUCGAUAAAGGGAAAGUGCAAUUCGAUUUCUGUGGACAAUUGUAAAAACUUCAAUUUUGAGUUUGACUCGGUCAUCUCUCAAGUGGAAAUCAUCAAUUGCUCAAAGGUCGGAGGGCAAGUUAAAGAAGUCUGUCCCUGCUUAUCAAUCGACAGUAGCAACGAUGUGAGAUUUUUCAUCAGCGAUAAAUCCAAAAACGUCGAAGUCGUCGUUUCUAGAGCCAAAGAUUCCAUGCUCCUGAUCGAAGAAGCCGACGAUUUCAACGAAUACCCGAUUCCAGAGCAGUUCAAAAUCAAAUAUGAAAACCGAAAACUGGAUGUGAAGCAUGUCGAUCACCUGUGA